CGAUAACUGAGAGAGCAAGGAAGGAAGGGAAAAGGGGAUACUUUGCGGGAGCUAAGGCUUUUGUUAAUGGAAGGGAAAUUCGCGCUGACGCCUAGUUUGUUGACUGCUGGACUUGUCAAGAUCACGUUGUUGUUGUCAGCAUAGAAGAGUACAGAGAUGGGACUGAGCUUGGUGGUUGUGCAGCACGCUUUGGGAACCUCACCUGGCUUCAGAAGGUGAACCUGCCAUUAAACGGGUUGGGAGGAGGACAUGCUGCCUGAGGAGAGGGAGGUUCCUCUGCCUCUACCUAACCACCAAGAGAGUGGAGGACAUCGCCCUGAGGCUCGUCUCCCUGCGCCAGACCAUCACUACCCUGCUUGGUUCCACCCUGAGCAGGAACCAUCUGUUUGUGUCCUCCUGGGCGCACUGGUUCAGGCCAACCACAUGGACGAGGCCAAGUUCAUCCGUACUUAUAACGACUUUGUGGACUACCUGAGUGACCCCUCCAAGCGGAAUGACAUUGAGAGGGAGCUGGCUGAGGCAAAGAUCCAUCAUGUGAACAUGAUAGAUGUCCUCUUUGAACUGGUGCUGUUUGGGAUGAUGACAGCUCAGAAGUCCCUGAUGGUCCACGCCGGUGGGUUUGUGGAGCAUCUGUACGCUCUCCUGUACUCCUUUCUGCCCACUGCUGCCAACAUGGAGCCAGAGGCUGACAGAUACCUGCUGCUGCUCAAUGAUUCUUGUGACACUUUGCCACCCAAGAGGGAUCUAGACACCAAUGCACUACAUUACUUUGCACUGAAUUUGAAAUGUUUAAAUAGUCUGUCAUGGAAAGAGCAGGUGUCCUCAAUGUUUCGUAUUAUCAGUGUGUGUAGUAACCUGGUACAGUAUAACGUUUACCACUAGAGGGGGUAAUUGCUUCAGUCUUGAAUGUUACUUCUCACUAUCCCUACUCUACAUUAACAGUCGGCAAUUGUAGACUCCGGUGACUUGGGUAUCUUAGUUUUUUAUAUUUGCCAUUAAUGUCUGAACCAUUUACCAUCUUUCCCACUGAAACCAGUAAUGUUAGCGUUCAUGUGAGAGAGGGUGUAGUAGUUCAUACUGACCACUAGUUGGAUCCACUAAUUGUGGACAACAUCCUUGUCUAUAGUCGAAGCAAAGAGGAGCACGACCGAAACCUCCGCGCGAUGCUGCAAAGGUCCCGCGAGAGAGGAGUCCGGCUCAACCCGAGAAGAGCACAGUC